AAACUAUACAUACACAAGCUAUCAUUAGCAUGAGUAAUCGGAGCCAUCUAGCCUAGCCCGCAAUCUCUGCUGUCAUUUGGGUGUGUUCUAGCAGAUGCCUGCACGAGUGGGACCGGCGAAGUUUACAUCAGCUUAUCGUUGGCGGAGAUCUGACAGCGUAACUCCGCGGCUUUCAGUGUAGAGGACAGAAUCAUCAUCAAUAAUGACGAAGAUACCCGUCGCUUUGGCGACAAUUUUGUGUGUUUUAGUAGCAGUUGUAGAGAGAACUUUAUGUUUUAACUUUGAAACAAGAUUGCCAGUCAUCAAAGAAGGACCGGAGAACAGUUAUUUUGGAUUUUCAGUCGCAGAACACAUUCUCACAAAAACGAAACCAACGACGCCAUUCGCAGAGAGCUUAUUGAUAGUUGGUGCUCCUAUCUACCAGACCAAUAUUGAUGCCAUUAAACCAGGCGGUGUUUUCACAUGUCCGUUCACUUCCAAUUAUUCUGAUUGCACUGUUCUGGAGCUCGAUGAAAAUGGUAAUACUGAGAGUGAUAUAAAAGACAACCAGUGGCUAGGUGUAGCAGUGGUCAGCCAAGGGCCUGGAGGACCAGUCGCAGCAUGUGCUCACAGGCAUAUAUACCAGCCCGCCAGCGUGGAUGAGAUCCAGGGCCUGGGUAAGUGCUACUUCAUGUCUGCCGACCUACAGAAGGAUGUCUUCAUCAGAGACGGAUACCAGCCGUGCCUCAGCCAGACACGUCCAAACAACUAUGAUGGUAUCCUCUACAAGUACUGCCAAGCAGGCACAGAUGUGGAUGUCACAAGGCUCAAGUACACCGAUAGUACCAGUGUAUCCGAGUACAUCAUGGGUGUGCCAGGCUCUGACAACUGGCUUGGUGGUAUUGCUCUUGCCAAUGUACCUGACUCUAUCAGGUCCAUAAAUCUCAUCACACCACUUGAUUUUGAGAACAACAAAGUCGGCUUCAACAGUUAUCUUGGUUUCUCUGUUGCCUCCGCAAAACUCAUGGAUGGUAACGUUCAGACGUACAUCGCUGGAGCGCCGAGGUCCGAGUCAAUGGGGGCAGUGCUCACCCUCAAGUCCGAAGCAGGUCAGAGUCCUAGCCCUAUAUACCGCAUUGAUGCAGAGAAGCCUUCGUCAUCGUUCGGAUAUGAUGUAGCCGCGGCUGAUGUGAACGGAGAUGGCUAUGAUGAUCUCAUAGUAGGGGCACCUCAGUAUUUUCGUCGCGACCCAACUAACUAUCAAGGUGGAGAAGGAGGACGAGUCUAUAUUUACCUCAACGAGGCCCAUGAUGGCACAUUUGAGAACGUUGAACCUAUCAAGCUGACAGGAAAGAUUGAUUCUCUCUUCGGACAAGUCGUCACAAAUAUUGGAGACAUUAAUCUUGAUGGAUUUGAAGACAUUGCCAUUGGUGCACCGUACGAGAACAAUGGCGAGGGCGCUGUGUACAUAUACCUCGGUCACGGCCAGGAUGGGAUCAGGCAACCGGCUGCUCAGAAGAUCACCCCCUCUGAUCUGCCCAACGGGAUCAACGGAUACCCCUUCCCCAACACCUCCUUCGGAUACUCCAUCUCUGGUGGGGUUGAUCUAGAUGGGAACGGCUUCCCGGAGGUGGCCAUUGGUGCCUAUGAGGUGCAACAGAUUGCUGUGCUCAGAGGGCGUCCCGUGAUCAACAUUGAAGCCCAGCUCACCCUCAGCGUCACUGAGCUGGACCCUAAUACCACCAAUUGCGAAUACUCAGGCAAGGAUUCCUUGUGCUUUACAGUACAGCUGUGCAUGUCCUACUAUUGCCUCGCACCAGCAUUCAACGAUCCAAUUACCAUCAACUUUGACAUUGAGGCAGAAGGAGUCCGACGCAGCAAGGUUCUAAACUCUCGGGUGGUGUUUGAGGAAAGUGGAAUCUACUCCUUGACUAAGCAGACGCUCGUUAUUACAAAUGAUGAUGAAGCCUGUACUCCAGAGUACAAUGUUAUACUGAAGGCUGGCUUCACCGACAUCUUCCGUCCCAUCCCCAUCAAUCUGACGUACUACAUUCCUGAGGUAGAAGCCGUCAUGCCUCAGCCCGGUGACCCCCUUCCCAGUAUGACUCCCUUCCCCAUUCUCCAGGAGAACACCCAAACGAUCAUGUUAGAAGAGGUCAUCUUCAGCAAAGAAUGCGCCAAGGAUGAUGGCCUUUGCAUCACUGAUCUAGAUGUCCGUGCUUCAGUAGAUCUUGAAGGUACCCCACCUAUUCUGAAGGUCGGUGAGCAGCAGGAAAUCUCAAUGAGUGCGCACAUUGCCAACAGGGAAGAGGAUGCUUAUAAUGCCAAGCUGGUCGUCACCUAUCCUGCCUACUUGGGAUUUAUUUCCCUCUCAUCGGCUUCACAGGCAUUCACUGCUGACUGCAACCCAGAGCCAUUCGAAGAAGGAGCCAACGAGACCAGUAUCAUUUGUGAGCUUGGCAACCCAUAUUCAGAGGGCUCAGUGGAUUCAUUCGUCGUGCUUUAUGAUGCAUCGUCAGUGCCUCCAGAUGCUGAGGUAUUCAACAUCACCCUCGUUGCUUCCUCGACCAACGAUGCUGAUUCUAACCCAGGCAAUAACCAAUACAUCAUCACCAUUGAGGUCGAGAGUAUCACUGACAUCCUCAUCAGCGGUAAGGGACCAGAGCAACUUUACUUCAGUGGUCAGGUGAUUGGAGAAAGUGCGAUGAACUAUUUUGAAGACAUUGGAUUGGCCGUUAAUCAGAGAUGGACUAUAUUCAACGAAGGGCCCGGAGCAGUCAACACAGCCAGAGUGACGAUUGACUUCCCUUAUGAGGUAGCUAAUGGUAAAUGGUUGCUCUACAUGACAGAGAUGCCUUUCGUUGAAGAUAACAAGGGUUCUUGCAACGUCACCCCAGCAGUCUAUGUCAACGAGCUAGGACUAAAGCCCAAGAACGGAGGGGGUGCCUACAACCCAGUAGCCCCAGGUACAGGGGGGACAACGCAGUCAAGGAAGAGAAGGGAGGCAGAAGCAGAGGCAGUCACUUCAACCAGAGAGCUGACAGCAGGAAAGGACAUCACACUUGACUGUAAGACCGGGACCGCACAGUGCUUGACCAUCAUUUGUGAUCUUGACCCUUUGACCAAAGAAACAGACAUGAACGAGGUCAACAUCGUUGUCAGGUCAAGACUCUGGAACAGUACUUUCCUUGAGGAUUACAUCAAUGCCAGGAAGGUGAAGAUCAUUACCGAGGGCUACGUGGAGAUAGAGAGCGCCCCCUAUAUCACCCAGACCAGGGAGGACAACGAUAAAUUCAGGCUCUCGCUAACGAUCACCCCAGACAUCAAGACUCUACCGCCCUCUAAGCCCCUCCAGUGGUGGAUCAUCGCCCUCGCCGUCAUUGGAGGCAUCAUCCUUCUCAUCCUCCUCAUCCUCCUCCUAUGGAAGUGCGGAUUUUUCGCGCGGCCGGGAACGAGCGGAGGUGGACCAUGCGGAUUCUUUGAACGCAAGACAGGAUACAAGUAUGCCACAGUGACACAGCAGCAAGCCUCUGGCAAGGCAAAGACAGAGAAGACCGCUUACUACGAUGACAUGUAUUACUAAAGCUCAAGCAACAGUACGUUCAAUGUACAGUACUCUAGGGAACAGAUAAUAUGUAAUAGCAUUUGCAAUUUACAUUUGUAGAUUUCACCACAAUGUCGUUUCUUGCAUAGCCUUAUGUUGAAUAGGUGCUAAAAUAUGAAUGAGAGAAGGUGACAUGUACAGGUCAAUGUUUCCUUUAUGAAUGUGAAAAAUCUGGGUUUCAGGUUUUAUUGUAGGUGAGAUUUUGCAGUCUAAUCCCUUUCAAUUUUCUGCUUUCUCAGCCUUCAUCUGGCUAAAGAUCUUUGCUAAUAGACUGUUGAUUGAGAUGUAGAUAUAGGUUUGCAAAAAUGUACAAUCGCAUUAGAUAUUAAAUAGAUAUGAAAUAUAACUACAGCAAAAGAAGUAUAUUGAAGGGAUUAAAAAGUAUGGAUGUUGACAAUAGAAUUGGGUUUGCCCCAAGUAUUUAGCAUCACCUUGUCAUGGAGUCUCAUGAUGAUGAAUAAAUGAGUCUAAAGCAAAACGAGUAGUCAGUAUGCGCAAACAAAAUAUGUAGGAUGGCUCUUUAAGGGUUGUUUCAGACAUUUGCAAUCCAUGAAAGGGGCUACAAAAGAAAAAGAGAAAGAAAAUAGUCUGAUUUUUUCACAUACUUGCUAGAACAUUGUAACACGAAAUCAUGAGAUAAGCAUUUUGUUAAAAAAAGAUACCUGUAUUUGAAGUGAAGCACAAAUUGCCUUGCUCGACUUAAGAUGUGUCAAAAUAUAUAAUGCACAAUGAUCGCUGAGCAAUAAAGCCACAGCCAAAACAUGUUAGGCAAGGAUUUUCAAUUAUUAUUCACAAAAUGCAUUACAGUUGUGGACGAUAUAAUCGUCCCACAUGUAUUCGAGAUCAUGCUCCUAAUAAUGGACUCGAGGAACUGAUGUUACAUCAUCUUCGUUUUCUUUAAAUUUUCAAGGGUCUUGACAAAAGUUAGGGGCCCUGUUUCAUCAAAAUUGAUACCAAUAACAAGUCACAGUAACUGUUAUAAGCUACUGAAAUCAUGGCAUUUGAUUGGCUAAGAGCAAAUUUGUCAUAGAUAUUCAGCAUUUGUUAUUGAUAACAAGUUUUAUGAAAUGGGGUCCUGGUGUUAGAUUCUCACAUCUAGAGUGUGCACGUCUAGUUAAUCUUUGAUUGGUGCAGUGUGCAAAUGGUUGAGACUACCUUUAAAUUGCGAUUCAAGGAUAAAUUAUAACAACCGUUCGCUCUACGUCAAUCAGGUUUUUGUGAGCUGUCUUUUCUUGGAAGAAUUUGAUAAUCUUAUUUAUUCAUUUUAACUAUUACGUCAUUUUCCUUUUUUUUUUUUUUAUAUAGUAUGAUUUAUAACAAAUCUUUUAACUCUGAAUUUUUUGAAAAUCAAUUUAUUCUCUAAGAAAAUUGAAAAAUUGAAUAAAUUGAAUCAUUUUAUAGAAAUUGUAAAUAUUAGAUAAUCUAUUGAUUGUUUUUUUGAAAGCAUGAAUAUUGCUGUUUUGAAUCCCUUAUUUUAUUUUUUAUUUACCCUUGACAACUCUAUAUAGUCCUUCUGCAAAAAUCGUGAAGCAUUGUACAUGUAAAUAUUAAUAGAAAAACAAUUUGUGUAUCAGUAACUUUGUUACUUUUUGUCAGUGCAUAUGCUUUCCCAUUUUUACUUUUUUUCUUCUUCUUUUAGAGGUAAGUUGAAGUAAUUAGUAAAGGUUUCACAAAAGUUUCAUACUGUGAAUUUCUGCAAUGCGCAAAAGUUUCAUGCUUCAAGUAUUUCUGGUUUUACCUUAAUUGUUAAACCUGUACAAAUAUGUUUAAAGUUGGUGCUAUUUCGUAUGGAUGAGAAAACAAAAAUUCUGCUUUUGCAUUUGUUAUCAUUAUUACUAGCUGUUGAUGUGCUCUCUUUCGUGAAGUGUAGGACAGUUUUUACAAAGGAUAAGAUUUUUUUUGUUGAUGUUCUUUAUUUAGGGCACUUUCUUUUUGUACCAUACAUACAGAGCGCAAAAAUGUUAAGUGUUUAAGUGAUACAAUUUGUUGAUGGUGGUGGUACACAAAUAAUUAUUUCUUGGAAUUGGAACAUGAUUAUUUGAUCUAUACUCUUUGAUGAGAUAUAGCACUAUAGCAAUAUUAGUUCAAACACAGAACUAUUCUAGCUUGCCUUGUAUAUGUUAACCUUUUUUAAUUCUCUUCCUCUUGUAGAUUUCUUUUUUACAAUUCUUUGAAUGUUUUGUUAACAGAUUGCUAUUUUGCAUGGUUUUGAUAUUUUAUCCCUCUCUGAGUAAUCACAAUUUAUUUUCAUCCAAGAAUUGGACUGGAGUGUUUUACAUUAUUUUUUAAUUUUCAAAUCGAAAUUUCAUAUUGUAAUUGUUAUAAAUCCCUUUAAACUAGUAUCCCUGUCAUAUAUGUACGUGCCCAGGAACAAUGUAAUUUCACAACAGAAACCAAAACAUUGUUUUUUAGAUAUAUAUAUUUAUACAUGUAUAUCCUAUGUCCAACAGUUUUCUAAGGACGUUGUUCAUUUUGUGGUUUCUUAUUACUCUUUUUUUCUUCAUGUAUUUAUGAACUUUGAACAAGUGUCCAACUGUAUAUUGUAUUGUGUAAUCGAAAUGAGACAAAUAUUGUGAAAAGCAAAGAUAUCUGUAGCCACCUUAUACUGACCGAUUAUAAAAAUAUUUUAGAUACAGUCAAACCUGUGAUAAUGGCCACGUCUAUAUAAAGACGACCUGUCUAUAGUGGUCAGCUAUAUUGUCUCCCUCAAGGAAGAAAUGUAUAGAAUCUGUCUAGGGAGGCCACCUGUCUAUAGUGGCUACUUCUGCUUCCACUGCAUGGCCUUAGUAGACAGGUUUGACUGUAUUUAAUGUGAGAAAAGUAUGUAAUCUGUUAGAACUAGUCUGAAAUUCUUCACAUGUGCUUUAAGUCUAAAUAGUACUCUUUUUUUCAAUCAACUAUACCUAAGUUGAAAAAAAGAUCUGUUUUCUUAAUUACACAAGUUUUGUAAAUGAUCGUUAUAAAUGCAUUGUACUGUACUACCAUAUACUCUAAUUUAUUUGUAAGGCUUUUUAUAUUGUUUGCAUGACUAUCUUGUGCUAAUCCUACCCACUGUACAUGUGUAGUAUAGCUUAGCUAAAAAUAUCUGUAGAACAUUCUUUUUAUAAAAAAAUGUACACUUGCACAGGUGGAAUUAAUUGUUUAAAAUCAAUAUCUAUUGGAGGGGUCUUAUAUUUCAUUUCAUACCUCACUUUCUUUUAUUGCAAAGCAAAAGAACAUGGUAAAGUAGAUUUGAUUGAUUUUUUUUUUUAAUGAGCCAAAAGGGCAUUAACUCAAAUACUUUUAUACUGAGAUAACACCCUUCUGGUUCUGAACUCUCCUUUUUGGAAAUUAAUUACUAGAAGUAAUUUUCUUCUUUUUCAGUUUGAUUUUUGUACUUUGCUUGUGUGAGAUGCUAAUGAAAAGCAUCAUCUCUGCAUUGAUGCUUUGAAAAGCUUUAAAAGUUACAAACAAGAAGAUUUACUCCUACCAAACAUCAACAUAAUGAGAUUUGUACAGUGGGUUGGAUUAGAAUCCUGGCUUUGCAUGGAGCGUACUUUUGACCAUUCAUAAUUCACAUGGUCAUAACUACCUUUCAUGUAUCAGGCAAAGUUCUGUAUUAAUGUGUGUAUAAUAGCUGAAUAUGUUUACUUUUGUCGUUGUAGAUAAUGUCAUUUACUAUUUCAAACUUAUUUUCAUAACUAAUUUGAAAUCUGCAGUACUGCUAACAAUCAUUCACGAUUCGUUAAAUCACUUCGCUUUAGGUUUGUGUGAAUUCAUGCAAAGUACUUUACAAUUGCUAUACCAUGAAAUUUUUCAUAACUAAUGAAAAACUGCAGUACUGUCUACAAUGAUUUACGAUUAGUUUAAUCACUGUGCAGAGGUGUUUUGUGUGAAUAUAUGCAAAGUACUAGAUGUACACAGCUGUUAUAAUCAUGAGAAAUAAUGAAAAACAAGUUAAAAUCUAUGCAUAAUCAUUCUACAUGAAAUCAAUCAGUUUAAUCAUAAUACAAUAAUGGCAUUCAAACUCCUUAUAAAUAGAGAAUAAUUCAAGAUCAUUGUUUAUCUAGAUAAGUUUUUGUUUUACCAGUUUAAACAGUGUUAACUUCUAGUCACAAAAUAAUUGUUCUUUUAUAUAAAUCUAUCCACUCUCUUAAUAAUGCAAAAGAGUGGAAAUCCACUCUCUUAGGAGUCAUACUAGAGACCACUUCAUUUGGAGGCUGUGAGACCGCUCCAAAUCAUUGUGGAAUACGGCCACUCCAAACUAGUAGUUUGAAUUACUCUUUUGAGAGUGAAUUGCACUAUUCUGAGCAUGUAUUUCCACUUGAAAGUGAUCCCUUACAUGACUACUCGAAGUUUGGAUUUUUUUAUUCCUGUACAUCUAGAGGCGAAAUUGAUCUGUUAUCAGUUAAACAUGUACAUUGUCGUCUGCCCCGCAAGUAGGCCUUUACAGCCAUUGAAAAGACUUCGCUCUUAUGGCGUUUUUGCGGGCAGCUAAACAACAUGUACGAUCUGUGCAAGCGAGCUAUUGUACAUCAUUAUUCUAUGAAUAGGGCAUAUCCAUUAGUGUUUCAUAACAAGUAACAUGACAUUUCACUUUCACCUUUCUAGCACAUGUCCUGUUUUCCGUCCCCCCUUUUAAAUCAAUCCGAUGACAAAAGCUAUUCAGAAAUUGCUGACGCGCACAAAAUAGAACAUCCGGACAUGCUUUUAUGAAAUAUAAAUUGGCAUCUCAUGUAUUAAAGAAGAGAAAUGGAAUUUGAAAAGACGCCAAGAGAAGGCUCAUUGAGCAGGGAAAAACCUAAGUGCUUGAUCCUUUUUUUUUCGUGGAAAACAUUGUUUACCUCCUUUUUAGGAAAUUUCAUGUAUAAAUAACUCUCAAGCGUUUUUUUUCUUCUUCUUCAGAGACAUACAAAAGGUACAUCGCUACAGUGUGCUCUAAACAUGUCUAUUUUAUAUUCUCUUCAUGUCUACCAAGUAAGUUCUUCCAACUUUCAUGAGUGUUUCGAGGACACCAUAGAUCAUAUCACAGACCAUGUCCAAUCCUAGCUAAUCAUUGUCAAAAAUCAUGUGAUUCCCAUGUUUUUUCUUUGUCACGUUUUUGUGAGAAUUGAAACCCAUCCUGUUUUGUACUUUGCAAUAUAUAGUACUGUGUUUAAAUUAAAAAUUGUGAAAUUGCA